GCGCGUCGGCGGCGCAAUGGCAGCUUUCAGGAGUGCUGCGAGCGUAUCGAUUUCAAAAUCAGCGGCAUGGAAGCCUUUGUCAACAAUCAGCAGAAGGCAGAUGUCAGUUUCAGCGAAGGCUUUGACAUAUUCUUCGCGUGUGAAACCGGGAGACGAACUUAUCAUGAAUGUGGACGAAAGCACCCUGGCAAAACCAUCAGGCUCUCAAUCUCUAGUCAGAUUUCUAGCAUCAUCAAUUUCCCCGACCGAUUACGUGGUGAUGCAUGCCCAGGAUGAUUCUUCAGUGCCUUCUCCCCCGACAAUGUCCAAAAAGAGGUUUGUUCAGGCUCAUGAUAUCAAGCCAGUUCACGCCAUUCAUCACGUUUUCGACAAGUUGCCUUCGCUGCCGGCUGUUGGGGGUGUUGAAGGGGUGGCAGUCGUGGAGGAGUCUGGUCCUAAUUCCAAGCUCAAAGUGGGUGAUUGGGUGAUCCCUCUUCCCGGAGUUGGUACAUGGAGGACUCAUGCACUACUUGAUGAAUCACAAGUGAUUCCCGUACGCAAUGACAUUCAACCUGAAUAUGCUGCAGUGUUGGGUCUUGGACCAGCUACAGCAUACAGAUUGUUUCAUGAUUUUGUCAAUCUGAAGGAGGGAGACUGGAUUGUUUUGAACUACAGUGACUCUCUCGUUGGGCAAACCGUGGUUCAACUUGCAGCAAAGAAGGGAGUGAAAGUGAUUGCAAUGCUUACACCAUACCAGUACAUUCAAGUGUUCUCGGCGCAUCUGAAAGCGCUGGGAGUGGACAUCGUGGUCAAUGAGAAUGUUGUGAAUACAUGGAGCAUGCGGGAAAUGCUUUCGGAAUUGCCUCCUGUUAAGCUCGGACUCGAUUGCCUUGGGGGUGAUUCUGGUCGAAAGGUUGCCAGAGUAGUUGGAAAGAAUGGAACUUUCGUCUCAUAUGGAAAUGUCGAUGCUUCUGGGUAUUAUGCAUCCUACAAACCCUUCAUGAUCCCAAAAGACAAGAACUUGAACAUCCAGCAAUUUCUUCUCAGCAGUUGGUUAGCGAAGGCAUCACAAGAUGAAAAAAAGAAGAUGAUAGACGAUCUUGCCACAAUGGUCAAAGACACCAAGCUUCAUCUUUUGAUGGAGCGCAAACCCUUUGAAAGCCAUCGACUGGCAUUGAGGCUCGGAUGGGAGAUGAUGCGAGACCGUCGCCUUGUGAUGACCAUGAACUAAAACGAAGCGCGAAUUCAAUCUUCACCAGGAACUAGCAUUAUCUGUAAAUGAUAUUUCAAGCACACUUAUGCUGUUUGAUGAACUGUGCCACUCAAUUGCAUUUGAGUAGAAUAUUGAUUUAAACUCUACUCGAAUCUG